AAAAAAAAUAGGUAAAUAAAAAGAAAGUAGUUACUGUGGCAACUGCCACAACAGGUUGUAUGUUAUUUACCACACCUGGAGGGUGAGCCCUAAACAAACAGCAACCUGUCAUUCCAGUGACAUUCUCCUCACGUGUCUGGGUCAUCCUUUGCAUGUCAGAACAGGAAAAGUAAACCUGACUGCUAACUCCUGCCUGUGUCACUGGCUUCUCUGAGUCUGAUAAGGAAAACAGCAAUGCCCCCUUGCCCACUUCAGAGGCAUGUGCAAGUAGUUAUCAAGUGUUUCAAAAGUGAUUCUUAAAGCACCACACCCAUCUAAUGACAUCUUCUUUAAUAUGUUCACGGGAUCCAUUUCCUUUGGUGGACAUGCCUGGCGGGGGUGAAGGGAAAUAUUAGACAGUCUAGGGAAAACAAAGAGGGACCCAUGUUAACAUCUGCUCUUAUAGAUGGCAACUGUCAAAAGUCCUUUCCAGAUCCUACAGCAAGGCCUGGCUGACUUGGAGGCUGGCAGACCCAGAGUCCACAAUGCAUGUGGAACUCAUAUUGGUGCUGUGUGGAACAAAUGACCAGGCUAGAGUGCGUAAAAUUGAUCAUUGUGGCUCAGGAGGCUUUAAGUGUUGUGCUCCUGUAUUGCCAUCUCUGUUGCACAAAGAACCUCUCUAGUCACUGCCAGUUCUCCGUGGCCCCUCCACGAGCAUCACUUGGCAAGAGAAGAUAGAUGCUAAGUCAGGAAAAUUGGGACAGACUGAAAUAAUUCUCAUUUCCUUUGCCCAAGACUGUGAUGGCGUCAGUAUAUGUCUGUUAACCUUAUAGAUUAUGAUAUGGGGGGCGGGGCGACUGAAGCUUUGACUUUGCAGAGCAAGCAAGCACUUUUACUUGGACAUUAUUUUUCUACAAGUGUCUAUGGAAGGGUUUAGGGAGAUCAAGAGGGUUGGCUAAAGACCCUCCCAGCCCAGCCACCCUUUUGGCAUUUCCCAGAAUUUAGAUAUGUGGGAACAGAAGUGCCCACUGUAGAUUUUAGAUUUUGCAGGUGUGUUACAAAGCUGUCUGAGGUUUUUUUCAACUCUUGGUUCUGUCUGUCAUCUAAAACUCCGUUCAGAGGCUAAUGGCAUAGGGAGGGCAGCCCUAAGAGGUCAACAAUGAAGCUACAGCAAUUCCGUCCCAGCUUGCCCAGCCCUGGCACUUAGGAGGUCCUGUACCCAAGAUUCAAACCAAAGGGAAACAAAAGCACACUGCAGAAGGGCACAUCCCCAAGUGAAGGUUCCAGAAAGGCUAAUUGUCUUUGCUGUUUUGAGUGUGCCCUCCCCGCCCUCCAGGCCAGUGGAUGCUGUCUAGGGUGGGAUUGGGGGCCUUACGGUGAGGAAAUGCGGUUUUGAAUCAGUUUGAAUUAUAUAAUGGAGCUAUAGAGUGAAGUGAUGAGAUCGCUAAAUACUAAAAAAAAAAAGCAGUUCAGGCAGUGGCCAGGAGUUCCAGACUUCUCUAAGGCCAUUUCCUCAGGAUCCUCCCAGUUGCGCUGCAGGCCAGGUCUGAAAACACAUAGCUUGGGGGCAGUCAAGUGCAUUGCAGGUCGAGGGUCCGGCUUGGUUUCCCCGGCUACUUUCUGUUUCGUUUCGAAAUGCCCCCUGCUUCCGAAACCAGUGACCUCCCGCGUCGAGUCAGAUCCAGGACUCCCUGGAGACCGCAACCCCGCUUUUGAGACCUGGGGCGCCGUGAAGCUGAGGAAGUGGAGAGACUGGCGGCGAUGCGUUCAGACUCGCUGGUCCCGGGUACCCACACCCCACCCAUCCGGAGGAGAAGUAAGUUUGCGAAUCUGGGGAGGAUUUUCAAGCCUUGGAAAUGGAGGAAGAAGAAAAGUGAAAAGUUCAAACACACAUCAGCAGCCCUGGAAAGGAAGAUAUCAAUGCGGCAGAGCAGAGAGGAACUGAUCAAGCGAGGGGUCCUGAAGGAAAUCUAUGAUAAAGAUGGGGAGCUCUCCAUAUCCAAUGAAGAUGACUCCCUGGAAAAUGGGCAGUCCCUGAGCUCCAGCCAACUGUCCCUGCCUGCCCUGUCAGAAAUGGAGCCGGUCCCAAUGCCCAGGGACCCCUGCUCAUAUGAGGUGCUCCAAGCUUCAGACAUCAUGGAUGGACCAGUGUCUGAAGAGAGUCCCUCUGCCAGUGAGUCUGGAGUCCUCCUGUCCCAAGAUCCUUCAGCCAAACCAGUCCUGCUCCUGCCCCCCAAAAAACCUGCCGCUUUCCCUGGAGACCAUGAAGAGACCCCAGUGAGGCAGCUGUCCCUCCUCAAGCAGCCCCCGGCCCUGCCUCCCAAGCCCACUGCCCGGAUUGCCAACCACUUAACAGAUCCUGGCGCCCCUGUGAAAUUGCCUUGUCUGCCAGUGAAACUGUCGCCUCCGCUACCUCCAAAGAAAGUCAUGAUCUGUAUGCCUGUGGGGGGGCCAGAGCUCUCCCUGGCAUCCUACGCAAGUCAGAAGAGCAGCCAGCAGGGCGUGGCCCAGCACCAUCACACAGUCCUGCCAUCCCAGAUCCAGCACCAGCUGCAGUAUGGCAGCCACAGCCAGCACCUCCCAUCUUCCACCGGCACCCUGCCCAUGCACCCUUCUAGUUGCAGGAUGAUCGACGAGCUGAACAAAACACUCGCUAUGACCAUGCAGAGGCUGGAAAGCAGCUCUGAACAGCGAGUCCCCUGUUCCACGUCUUACCACAGCUCUGGUUUGCACUCAAGUGACAGUGUCACAAAAGCAGGACCCAUGGGCCUUCCGGAAAUAAGACAAGUGCCAACUGUUGUGAUUGAAUGUGAUGACAACAAAGAAAAUGUGCCUCAUGAAUCCGACUAUGAAGACUCUUCCUGCCUAUACACACGAGAAGAGGAGGAGGAAGAGGAAGAUGACGAUGAUGACAGUUCGUUGUACACCAGCUCCCUGGCCAUGAAGGUCUGCAGGAAGGACUCCCUGGCCAUCAAACUCAGCAACAGACCCUCUAAGCGGGAACUAGAAGAAAAGAAUAUCCUCCCCAGGCAGACAGAUGAGGAGAGGCUGGAGCUGAGGCAGCAGAUCGGCACCAAGCUCACCAGGCGGCUGAGCCAGAGGCCCACGGCAGAGGAACUGGAGCAGAGGAACAUUCUGAAACCUCGGAAUGAACAAGAGGAGCAAGAAGAGAAGCGAGAAAUUAAGAGGCGGCUGACUCGCAAGCUCAGUCAAAGGCCCACAGUAGAAGAACUCCGGGAGAGGAAGAUCCUCAUCCGCUUCAGUGACUAUGUGGAGGUGGCGGAUGCUCAGGAUUAUGACCGCAGGGCAGACAAGCCAUGGACUCGCCUCACGGCUGCCGACAAAGCUGCCAUUCGAAAGGAGCUCAAUGAGUUUAAAAGCACUGAAAUGGAAGUUCAUGAAUUGAGUAGACAUUUAACAAGGUUUCACCGACCGUAACAGUGGAAUUGCUCCUGAGUGCUCUGCUGUCUUCAAAACAUAAAUUUAUAAGAACCAUAAGUGCUGGUAUUUAUCCACUUCCCCAUCACAAUGUAAAUCUUCUGAACUGCCUUUUUUUUAAAGAAGAAGAAGACGAAGAAGAGAAGGAGGGGAGGAGGAAGAAGAGGAGGAGGAGGAGGAGGAGUUGGAGGAAAAAAGAAACACAAUCAGGACUCUGUGCGGAAAUGCCAUGGUGACCACACCUGGGUCAGAGCUGCUGGUACCACUUCUGCUACUGGAAGGGGUCCCAGCCGCUGGAGAGGACCUGCCUGAAGACCACCCAGAGGCAGCCUCAUCCCUCCAUCAAGAUCCAGCAGGCACCGUGUUGGUUCAGUUUUCAGGGAAUCCCUUCCUCACAAGGGACUGUCACCCUGUCCAAAGAAGCCAGGGGCAGUGGGUUGGCGUGUGAGUGGUUAGACCAAAGUCACCAUCCAGGUGGCCUUCUAGACUCAAUCAGACACACCGGCUCCAAGUGGGGUGUCUACUUCAGAGCCCCAUGGGAAGAGGAUGUUGAAAGGAAGGGACGCCCUCAUGGUCCUCCCUCCUCAGGCUUUCUCUUUGGUUAUGUCCUAGGGGAGCCUGAGGCAGCACUUUGGUCCUAAGCGUGUGCGCUAUGGGCAUGGGAGGCUGAAGCAUCUAACUUGAUCUCCAGCCCAAGCUGAGCUGCCUUCCAGAAGGCUCUGGGUCAGAAAGGGAGCAUUGUCACCCUCUCAGUUCAUUGAGGGUGAGCCACACACAAAUGCCAGUGCUGAGAUUCUCUGUGGCAUUCAUGCAUGUGAGCUGAUCAGAGGCCAGGGUCAGAAACCCUGCCUGGCCCACAUUUCUCAUUGCCCUUGCACACACCAGGGACAGUGGUUUGGCAGUUAUGGAUUCUGAGUAUAGCACUGAUUGGGGUGGGGUGGCAGAGCCACUCCUGGUAACCCAUGUCCUAGUGCCUCUCCAGGGCCUUCACUCUCUCUUCUUUUUACUGAAGAGUUUCUGCGGAGAAAUCCACAUAAGCACAGGCCAGCACUGGGUAAACCUUUGCCAGCCAUGGCAUCCACUGCUGUGCCACUUAUCCAGAGAGAAUCCCUUCUCUCUUGGGAUGUGCUUCCAGCCACUCACUGCAGCAGGACCCCAGGAAGGCAAGCCCUGAUGACAUGGGCCCCCAAGGGUUCUGUAUACAUUGAGGGACAGACACCCCCAGACCCUAAAAAGUAUCCUAAGGAGGCCCACUGCAGCAUUUUUAGUUUUCCUUCCUGGCAGAGUUUGCAGGCCCUCAGGUGCAGCAUUCUGCCUCCGUACCUGUGAUAUGCUCACCUUUCAGGGUGACCAGUUGUCCUGGGUGAUGAUUGACUCAGUAUCAAAAACACCCAAGAAUUAGAAAGUGCCAGCCAUCCCAAAGAGUCCCCCUGCCCAACAAACCAGAUGGGAACAUGUUACUCUUAGAAUGUAGCACCCAUCAGUGAGGCCAUGGAAUUUUCCAGGACCUUAAUGGCUCCAUGGCCAGCGCUAACCCAGGAGCCAGGCCAAUUGGAGGAAACCUCAGCUCAGCUGUGCAGGUAGCCCCUCCCAGCCACUGCUCUCCAGCACGCUCUGGACCAAGCACACCUCAUCCCAGCCCAAAGAUACCACCAUCACUGGGUAUUAUUAUUAUUAUUAUUAUUAUCAUUAUUAUUAUUAUUUUACUAUUAUUUGAAUGUUGAACCUCAGUAGUUCCCACAGUCCAGAGAGGUAUUCAGGGAAAACUUGGUUGGGAUUUGAGAUUGGCUGUAAAUACAGUCUUCCUGAAAGGCUUACUGACUUUUGAACAUGCACAUAACAGGAAGGAAAAUGCAGAAUUAUUUCCCUGACUUCCCUAGAGUGGCAGGGUAGGUACAAGAUCUGGGUGGCUGGGCCUGAGGCCUUCACUUCCUUUAACCAGCAGCUGUGCUGCCCUGAGUGGCCUGGGCUGCUGUGGUGCCCUGGCCAAUGGUCAGGCCUUCCCCAACAGGAGGAGUCCUGAGAGGCUUCUCCCACGAAGUCCCAUGGCUUUUCGCUACCCUUGAUUCUAGGGCCUUUCAGAUUGCUUGGGAACAGAAGGCCCAAACCCUGCUGCCAGGCAGCAGCCUCCAGCAUGUCCUGGGAUUACCCUCCUCUUCAUGUGUGGGAAAAAUUGAACACAGUAUUCUCAACUGUUCCCGCAGGGUGCCCUUUCGCUCGUUAGGGGUGUGCUCCCAUGCUCCGAAAAGAUCACCUCCCUUUGGGCUCCUACCAUGCUCAGCAACCUCCCCAGCCGCAGGAUGGCACUUCUCUCUGAAAAUCUGGAUGUCUUGAGAGAGCUGUAGCCAGAUUUUUUCCAUUUUGUCUUGACAUCUGGAGCGACUUACAUUACUUCCUAAAAUGACAAUUUGGCAUUAAUUAGGGGGGAGCUAAAAGGCAAGCUAGAUGUUUAAAAGUGGAUCCCUUUUCUGAAAAAGUCGCCACUGUCAAGGGAGUCUGUCUUUAGUGUGGACAUUCCCAGUUGAGCCCUGUGGCUUUGGGGUUAGCAGGAGAGGGAGAAAUGUGAAACACGGCAACCAACCAUUGUUUUCUUCUCAAAAUCAGACAUCGCUGCAAACUCCAGCCCAGCCCCACUUCCCCAACAGAAGAGCCUCCCAUUGACCUACUCACUUUUUAAAAAUUCUGAUCACUUCAUGCCCAGAGAUCCUCAAAGCCUUGUCAGGUUUUUAGAACUUGAGCCUUUCUGCCAGAGAGAGAAACCAAAUGGUCAAUGCAAUGAGACGCUCUGAGUUUUUUUUCUUCUGCUUAUGAACAUGUAUUCAUACUUGCGGAAUGAGCAUCCAUGGUGUGUCGCUUUGAUGAACGGGAUUCCAGGCUCUCCCCGUGCACAGCCAGUGGGCAGGGGUCACCUUCGAUGACUUCUUCCUCCCGGUGUCUGGUCCUCCCCAAGCUGGUUGCUUUUUCCAGUUGCUUCCCGGUGUCUGUACAUAGUUUGUCUUUGUAUAGGAGUGAGUGUGGUGACCGUCAAUCCCGUGCCCCCCCCCCGGGUUCUAAUUUAACAAAUGACGGCUGUAUGAGAAAGACAUUGUACAUAGAAUACAAAUUAAACUGGAUCUCUAUGGCCUAGGUUUUGUACAUACAGAAACUGCAUGGUAUUUAAAUUAUUGUUUCUCUCUGAUGAUGUAUGCAGUUUCUUUAAAAACAAAACAGAAAAAAAGUUCAAAAAAA